AUGUACAAAUCUACUUACCAAAAAGAUUUCAUUCCUUCCGUACAGAUACUGGACUCAGAUUCUACGAGCCGUCGGUAAGAGCUAUAAAACCAUUUUGUUUUUAAAACAUGAUGGAAACGUGUGAUGCGGCAAUAGCAAUAAUGACCUCUAAAUCUAAGAAAAAGAAUUAAAAAAAUGAAAAUAUGAUAUGAGUCUAAUAAUAAUAUUAUGUACCGUUAUAAUCGUAACAUACAGAAUCGAACCCGUGUACGCUGUGAUUCCUGAGCUAGACGAAGAUGGGCUAAAACAAAUGUACACGCCUAAAAUCAUAUUCAGAGCACUGAGCGACAACAAGGGGAUCGAGCCACCUUUGGAAUAUGCAAAACGGGAUUUAGAUCCGUUGAUUACCGUGAGCACAGUAUAGCUGUUAAAUUACCAAUAACUCCCGUAGUCGAUUCGCGCCGGUAAGACGCGUUUACAAUUCUUUUUUUAUUGUCACUUCUCCUCCAGCUGAAAAUCCCCAGGCACGCUACUGCGAUUGACGAUCAAAACCGCGGUUUUGUCAGUAGCUGAAACAAAAAAAAGAGCUGAGACACUGGAUGUGGGAGCGGCCGCUGUUGUAGGUGAAAAGUUGGCAAGUUAGGAUAUAUUAGUUAAGAUAUAUCAUUUAUAUCCGUAAGCAACAAUAAACCAUUGCUUGACGAAAGACGAUUCCGAGCGCAAUUUGGUAUUACUUAAUUUAAAGUGUCGUAAUUUUUUUUUAAGAUUUUCGUUUAAAUUUGAUUUCAAAAGUCUUGUCAAAAAUCAUCGGACGAAUUUUUUUUUUUUAAUAAGACUUAAUUUUACCACGUCUAGGUAAGUUUAAUAUAAGUAUUACCAAGUUUUAAGUCUCUACGUGUAUUUAUAUAUAUUUACCGAAUUAUAAGAAAAAUUUAAAUUCCUUAAAAGUUCAAAAAAAAAUAUCAAAAGUUUUGGAGAUGAUACCAUAAAAAAGUAAAUCAAAACGGCAAUAAAAAAAAAUAUUUGUGAUUUUUCGAUCAAUUUAUUUUUUCUGUUAAAAACGUCGUCCGUGUUUUUAUAAAAUAAUGAAAUCGUGAAAUUGAACGAUUUCCUACGUUUGUCCCCACUUAAGAACUUUUAUUUAAAAAAUGGCGCCGAAAAACAAAAAAUUACCUCUCUAAAAUACAAUCUAGUCUACUUGAGUUGAUUAGAACAAAGAAAAAAAAAAAUAAACAUCUUAGUAAAACCAAUAGCUCAAUCGCUACGCUCGGAAUCUAAAAUCGAGGUACAAUGCGCUCUGUAGGAAUCUGUACUCUUUUUAACAAAAACAAACAUCAACAAUUCUACGUCUAUAGAGACGUAGAAUAGAGUGAACUGCAACCUUGUGAACUAUGUUCAAAUUGUAAGUUUUGCCAAUUUCGUAUCAGUUUACAAUUCAUGUAAGGACUGUGAGCUGUGCAUUAAUUGAUUCCGUUGAAUGCAAAUUAUUGCCGAGUAGUUUGCAACAGUAUAAUUACAAACGCAUAUGUAUCCUCUUAAGGCGAUUGAUAUUAUGUAUUUAUUUUCUUCACGAUUGCACACCAUGCAUACACGAAAUUCGCCGUGGCAGCACUAAUCUUUUACAGUACAAUGUAAAAAAAAAAAAAACGUUCAACGAGCCUCUGUGUGUAUAUUGUGCUAUAUAGUUCGAAAAUCCAUAUAUUUUUAGGUUAUUGUGACGAUUAUUUAUUAAAUUUUUUUUCCGCCGCUAAAUAUUAUAAGAGUAAAUAUUUAUAAAAUAUCUUUCACCCCGUUCGCCGUUAUUAUUAUAUUGUCGCGUGACGCAUAAUAUUCGAACGGAAACAUUGUGCACCUACCUAUACAUUCUGCAACAAUAUUAAUGAUACCUGCAGCAGCUUUCGUGCGGGUGAGAGCGUAUAAUAAAUUGUUAUUUAUUAUUGUUUUGUGAAAAACAAAUUCGCAGAAUGCGUUCAGGGAUUAUACAGGGUGUCCCAUAUCCAGAGAUAACAGAGAUAAUCAAAUUAUAACUAACAAUUAUUUGUAUUUGAUUUAAUUGUUUAUGUUUGGGUAAAAAAAAAAAAAAUAACUAAAACAAUUAAUUUGUAUUUUAUUAUUUCCGAAAACUUUUUAAAAAAAAAAAAAAAACAUUUUUUAGUCUAUUAUUGUUUUAAAAAUGUUGACAUUUCAACUUUUUAUUUUAUUUGAACUCGUGAUUUUUAAUCAUUUUUUUAAAGUUCAGUAAAAAGUAUCUAUAACUCUACAGAAAGCUGUAAUCGCAUUCGCUAGUUGAUUAUUAUUAUUUUGGCUGAUUGGGUACAUACUACUUUUCCCUGAAAUCUUUUUUUUUUUUUUUGAAUACCCGAAAUUGAUUAGCGGAAAACGAUUAACAGCGAGGUUUGAUUAUGCUUGUUUUUAAAUGCCGUACAAAUGGCGAUUUUCGUUAAAAUUUGAUAACAUAAAACGCCCAUAAAAAAAAAAAAGAAAUUGCCAAAACAUUAUGAAAAUUUAACAGAUCUAGAAAAGUGUAGUAUAAGUAUGCAGUUCAAAUAUCAGCUCACUAAAAUAAUUUAUGACCGAUUUCCAACAAAAAACCGAAAUUAAACGUUUUAGGUACAAUUAUCUAUUAUUAUUUAAUAAUCUUAAUUUGUAUGUUGAUAUCAAUGCAGGAUGAUCGGAAGAGAUGGAUAUCUCUAUACAAAGAUUCCUAUACGCUGCGAGCGGCGGCCAAUGAAAAAGGUUUGUCUAACUUUUAACAUAUAAAUUGUAUGUUUUUUUUUUUUAUCAUUAACAAUUGUUUCUUUUUUAUUUAUUAGAGGAAACGCUGGAAGAAUGGGCACUGAAAUUAAAAAAAAAAAUAUGCAACGUUCCGUAUGCCGAAGAUUUGGUGCAGCAAUUGUCGAAUCAAUUGUCGCCAGGCACAUAA